CAGCUGAAGUGUGGGCCAGGGGUCCAGCAUAAGGGAGCCUCUGCCAGCCCCAUGGGGGCAAGGGGUAGGAAGCCUGAGGUGGAGAAGGACUGAGAGCUCCUUGCCCUGAGUGUGGCACUGGCAGGGGGGACGGGGGGAUUGCUACCUGGCCCUCAGGUGAGUGUGGAGGCUCCUGGUGCUCAAGGCCUCCCAGCAGCGAAUUAUUUGCUGCAGGUUCCUGGCUCACCCUGAUCUGGUUCCUAGUCUACACUUCCCAUCCUGGCUGUACCCUCUCCCCUCUGCCUUUAGCCAGUGUCCUCACCUCUCAGCUCAGACCGUGACUGACUGCCAGCUGAGGGUGGAAAGGUCAAAGGUCAUCCCUCAAAGGACCUUUCCAUUACAUCAGUUUCUGGAGAUACAGGUGAGGAUCAGGUCAGCUAACUCCAGAGCCUCAGAGUGUCAGAGCCAGGGAGAGGCAGAGUCUGAGGGUCUUGGACUAAAAGACUCUCUAGCUCUCCACAUGAGAUAUCUGGUCAGGUCAUCUGGGCAGAUGACCUCCUUUGCCAGGUGAGGGCACCAAAGUUUGGUGGGAGAGGGCUAUGUCCGAUUGGAGGCUGCAGCCUGGCUGUGGAGGCUCUGAAUCCAGCACCGGGACCAUGUGCAGCCCUGAGGAGGCAGCCCUGCUGCGGCUGGAGGAGGUCUUCUUGGCUACCCUUGCCCGCAUCAACAGCCUUGUCCUCCAGCCCCUGGUCACAGCUGCCCCAGAGCCCUCGGAUCCCCAGGGCAGAGAGUGCCUGCGGCUCUUGCAGCAGCUGCACGGGAGCUCCCAGCAGCUCUGGGAGGUGAUGGAGGAAAGCCUGCACUCGCUGCAGGAGAGGCUGUGCCACCCAGACUCCGUCGGCCUGGAAUCCCUGCUGCUGCUGCGUCGUGCUGACCAUGUCCUGCAGGUUCACGUGGAGUACAUCGAGUCCUAUACGAACUGCGUGGUGGUGCAGGCCUUUCAGAAGGCAGCAAAGAGGAGGAGCGAGUACUGGCGGGCCCAGCGGAAGGUGCUGCGGCAGCUGCUGUGGGGCAUGAGCUCCGAGGGCUCGGUGGGUACAGCACUGGUCCAGGCCCUCCGCCAGCCGCUCACCCAUCAUGUGCAGCAGUACGUGCUCCUCCUGCUGAGCCUCAGCGAAACCAUCGGGGAGCAUCACCCCAGCCGGGAGCUGGUGGUGCACACAGCCACCCUCUUUGGGGACCUACAGUCCUUCAUGAGGCAGGCGCUGGACCAGGCUGUGGCCACCCAGGCCCUCUGGCACACCUUGAGCAGCCGGCCGAGGGAUGUGCUCUGCACCCCUGCUCGCCGACUCUUGCAAGACAGCCAGGAUGUACCUGUGACAGUCACCCUGCUGCGGGCAGAGCGCGUGCUGCUUUUUGAUGAUGCCCUCGUUCUGCUACAGGGCUCCAAUUUCCACACCUUUGAUCUGAAGCUCGUGUGGGUGGAUCCUGGGCAGGACGGGUGCACGUCUCACCUCCUCACGCCUGAGGAAGAGUUCUCUUUUAGCUCCAAGGACCCUCAGGGCCAGGUGGUCUGGCAGAGGAAGGUUACCCAAGCUGUGUGCCAGGCCCUGCGUGGGAAGAAGGACUUCCCGGUGCUGGGGGCUGGCCUGGAGGCCUCCGAAGCUCCUGCCUGCCGCAGCGCAGCUUACACCUUCCGCGCGGAGGGCCGGCUCUGCGAGGCCACCUAUGAGGGCGAGUGGUGCCGGGGCAGGCCCCAUGGCAAGGGGACCCUGAAGUGGCCAGACGGACGGAACCAUGUAGGGAAUUUCUGCCAGGGCCUGGAGCAUGGCUUUGGCAUCCGCCUGGUGCCCCGGGCCUCUGAGGACAAGUUUGACUGUUACAAGUGCCACUGGUGGGAAGGCAGCAUGAACGGCUACGGCAUCUGUGAGUACGGCACUGACAAGGUGUACAAGGGCUACUUCCAGGCAGGUCUGCGGCAUGGAUUUGGGGUCCUGGAGAGCACCCCACAGGCCCCUCAGCCCUGCAAGUACACGGGCCACUGGGAGAGGGGCCAGAGGAGUGGCUAUGGCGUCGAGGAGGACAGUGACAGGGGUGAGCGCUAUAUUGGCAUGUGGCAGGCUGACCAGCGCCAUGGCCCGGGGGUCAUGGUCACCCAGGCAGGCAUCUGCUACCAGGGGACCUUCCAGGCAGACAAGAUGGUGGGCCCAGGUGUCCUCCUCACUGAAGACGACUCCUUGUACGAGGGCACCUUCACCAGAGACCUGACCCUUGUGGGGAAGGGCAAGGUCACCUUCCCCAAUGGCUUCACCCUGGAGGGCUCUUUUGGCAGCGAGGCAGGAGGAGGACUGCACACCCAGGGCAUUCUGGAUACAGCUGCCCUCCCCCCAGACCCAAGCUGCACCCGCAAGAGGCAGCUGGGUCUGUGCGCCUUCCCCGUGGAGAGCCGCUGGCAGGGCGUCUACGGCCCCUUCCGGGACUUCGUGCGCGCUGGCUGCCCUGCGGAGCUGCAAGAGGCCCUGCUGGGCUUCCACGUGCAGAGCUCGAAGGAGCUGCGCAAGUCCCAGGAGUACCUGUGCUGUGAGAGGAGCCACUCUGAGGACAGUGCAUGCAGAAUGGAAGACAUCCUGGAGGAGCUGCUGCAGCACCGGGAGCCCAAGGCCCUGCAGCAGUGCCUCAGGAAGGCUCUGAGCAACUGGCUACACCCCCUGGGAAAAGUGCUCCGGACACUGAUGCUGACCUUCCAGGCCACGUACGCAGGCAUCGGGGCCAACAAGCACCUGCAGGGGCUGGCCCAGGAGGAGGUGAAGCAGCACGCCCAGGAACUCUGGGCCGCCUACAGGGGUCUGCUGCAGGUUGCCUUACAGCGCAAAGGCCAGGCUCCAGAGGAAGACGAAGACGCAGAGACGAGGGACCUGCAGGUGCAUGGACUGGUGCUGCCCCUCGUGCUGCCCAGCUUCUACUCAGAGCUCUUCACUCUCUACCUGCUUCUUCAUGAGAGAGAGGACAGUCUCUACAGCCAGGGCAUUGCCCACCUGAGCCUCUUCCCCGACACCAAGCUGCUCGAGUUCCUGGACGUGCAGAAGCACCUGUGGCCCCUCAAGGACCUCAAGCUGACGACCAAUCAGAGAUGCUCCCUGGUCAGGGACAAGUGCUUCCUGUCAGCUACCGAGUGUCUGCAGAGGAUCAUCACCACGGUAGACCCCCGGGAGAAGCUGGAGGUGCUGGAGAGGACGUAUGGGGAAAUUGAGGCCACCGUGUCACGGGUGCUGGGCCAGGAGCACAAGCUGCCCAUGGACGACCUGCUGCCGCUGCUCAUCUAUGUGGUAUCGCGUGCCCGAAUCCAGCACCUGGGAGCCGAGAUCCACUUGAUCCGUGACCUGAUGGAACCUAUCCACAUAGGAGGCCUGUAUGACUUUCUGCUCACAGCCCUGGAGUCUUGUUACGAGCACAUCCAGAAGGAAGACAUGAGGCUGCAUCGCUUGCCCAGCCGCUGGGACUCCAGGGUGUCCUGGUAGCUCAGCCUUUCCUGGACAAACUGCAGGGGCCACCAUGGACUUCCCGUGGGAGCGAGCAUGGCCCAGCCUGGCCCUUGUGGACCCAGGAGCAGCGGGCAGCAUGGGCCCGUGGAGGUGGCUCUUGGAGGAGAUGAGCGAUUAUUUUCUUGCAGGGAGAUACCGCUGCUGCCCUGACUGGGAUGAGGGUUGGGCGUGAUGGAUGUGGCCCCAGAGCUGGGGGCUUCUCCUUUCCCUUCCCCCUGCCACUCUUUAGGCCACUGGGCCAGGUUUGGAUGACCUCUGUGACCUGCAGCAGCUCACAGGCUGGGGCUAGGAGCCCCUGGCUUCUCUUUGCUGGUGCCUUACUCCCAAGUUACCAGGCCUCUCUGGGCCUCAAUGUUGCCAUCUAUAAAAUGAUGGACUUGGUGGUCUGUAAAGGACUUUCCGUCCAUCUUGCUGGAUUCUGGGGUCCUCCCAGAAGUCUGCCUUUAGUGUUUUGGGCUGUAACUGAAGUUCUCAUGUCACUGUCA